UACAGAAAAGCAAUAGAAAUGUUGACAGUCAACGGAUUUUAGAAAUAAAUAUUUAAUAAAAGUUUUAAAAUUUUAGUAAAAAAUUAAAUAAUAUUUUUUAUAUAUAUUUUUUUCUAAUAAAAAAGAAAUGAUUAUAUUUGCUUGAUUAAUAUAAAUAAUAACGUGUUUUUUUUUAAUUAAAUUUGAUAAUAAAAUUUUGAUAAAGAAAAGAAAAAAUAAUAUUAAUAUGGGUUCGAGUAAAACAUCAAAAUUUGGUAAAAUGGUGGUUAAAGCUAUAAAGCGUUUACAAGAAGCACAGGGUUCAUCACCAAAAGAAAUAAGUAAUUAUGUAUCACAAGAGUAUAAUGUACCAAGUGAAGAAAUUAAAAAACAGAUUAAUGUUGCAUUAAAACAAGGCGUUGAAUAUGGAAUUUUAUUAAAAAGAACAGGGGGAGUUUAUACGUGUAAUCCUGAAAUAAUAAAUAUUCCUACACUCGCUGAUGGUCAAGCUAAAACAAGCUGCAGUCAUGGAAUGAAAAUGUCAAAACGUUUUGGUAGAAGAAGCAGAUCAAAAUCACGAGGAAGAACAUCACGUCGUCGUGGAAAAUCAUCAAGUCGUUCAAAACGUCGUGGAAGUCGUAGACGUAGACGCAGACAUUAAACAGCAAUUAAUCAAAAAAAAAAAAA